CAGCGCCCUCUUGUGGACAUGAAUUUACACUGCCAUACAAAUGAUGGCGGACUGAAUAACAAAACAAAACAAACGAAUAUCGCGACAGUAACUUAUUAGGUUUCCUGAUCCUGAUUGAAACUCAAGCUGUUUCACUUUCGCUAAGAUCUGCACCCGUGUCUGUCUGCCUUUACCUGUCGUCUUACCUGAACAGAUAUGAGUGAUAUAUUCCUCAGCCCGUUGACCGUCAUAUGUGCCGGAUCCAGCUUUGCCUUCUCUGCACUGUUUUAUAAGCUUUACUCCGAGAAAAAACAAGAAAUCCAGAGGUUGAAGGAGAUUCCGAACUUUAAGCCGGAUCAUCACUUGCUCCAAAUUCUGAAUGCAUCCCCUCAGAAAAGACUUCAUUAUGUUGCUGUAGAUGGUUUGGUGCAGGCUGAUAGCGAGCCCAUUUCCAGCCAAUAUGUCCCACGAUGUCAUGGAGUUAUACAAAAGAUUACCGUGCAAGAGCAUUGGAAGUAUUGGAACUCAGCGCUGAAGUCAUGGGUCUCCAAACAGGUGAACAAGAAGGAGACCACCAACACUGUGCCUUUCAGCCUGGUCCAACCUGGAUCAUACAUCAGUGAGAUCUCUGUCCAUGUGGACUCUCCUCUGGAGGCGUCUGGCGAUUACCUGGAGCGGGUUCACCAACGCCUCAGGCAGGCUAAAGAAGGCCUGAUAGACACUGUUGUCCAGGAGUUCAGCGGGGAGAAGCCCAUCGCUCUAGAGGAGCGUGAGGAGCUUCUGCGGGUGGGGGCGUCCAUCACGGCGUUUGGAGAGAUCGUAUUGGAGCAUGACAAGGUCAUGAAGUUACGACCACCCAGAGACGGCCGCAGCUACAUCUUGAUCGCUAGCGAUUACAAGAGCUUCAUUCAGCGACGCGAAAACAGCGCUAGCAUGUGGAAAGGGCUGACGGUGCUGUUCGGCUUUACGGGGGUCUCACUGGUAGCUGGUUUCAUUCAUAGUGGUCUUAAAGACAAGAAGAACUAGUUGAUCGAGUCGUGUGCUACCUCCAACGACAGAUUAAAUCAAAGUGGUGGUUUUAACUAUGUCGUAGCUCUCCACAUGAGUUUGUUUGUUUACUUGAUUUAACGCAAUGAUGAUUAAGGAUCAUGAAAUGUAUGCAGCAUUCAUAAACUGUGAUUUCUAUUCUUAUGAUUUUUCAGUUGAUUAAGAAUUAUGAAACAUAUGCACCUUUUAAUGCAAACAUUAUGGGGCUGAUUGAAAACAAAUUCCAACCCUUUUAUUUGUAUUCUUAAUCCUUAAAAUGAUUUUUGUGCCUCUGUCAUAAUGCAUACAGUAUGUUUUCAAUGCCUUCAUACAAUGAGAAAGAGAUCAAGGAUAGGAUGUAUCCAAAUUAAAAAGAGACCUUUAUGAGUCUCUUGUAGAUUUAAAGCAACACUAUGUAGUUUCCAUGUAAAAAUGACUUACAGCUCCCCCAUGUGGUUGAAAAGCGCAACAGUGCCUGGUAUCAGACACUCUUCUGUAGGCAGGGGGAGGGGCGGGGCUGUGUUUCCUACCCUCCACCGCCACUUUCAGAGUGUGCUUGUAGCAGCUAGGAGGCUGCUCAGGUUGCAGCAACAGUACAAUUUGUCCAGUUAAAAGUUGUUCUAUCACUGAAAUAAUUUUAGAGACAUUAUUUAAAGGUAAAAAAACUACAUAGUGUUGCUUUAAGGAUUGCUGCCCUCUUAAAACACUGGCAGAUAUGGAACAGGAUUAAGACCAUGCAUUGUAUUUUUUUG